UCCUCCCGCACUCCGGCCGGCUGUGCACUCUUACCUGCCGGUCCGCAGCGCCUGCCCCGCCGCUCUGCACUCCCAAGGCCUGCCGUCCUCUGCUGUAGGCGGAAAAUGCUGUUGCUUGAUUGCAACCCGGAGGUGGAUAGUCUGAAGCAUCUGCUGGAGGCCGGCGCCUCGGUCAACGCACCCCCGGAUCCCUGCGAGCAGUCGCCUGUCCACUUGGCCGCAGGGGGCGGCCUUGCUUGCUUGCUUCUGUGGCAGCUGCAAACUGGCGCCGACCUCAACCAGCAGGAUGUUUUUGGAGAGGCUCCGCUACACAAGGCAGCAAGAGUGGGAAGUCUGGAGUGCCUUAGCCUGCUCGUAGCCAGGGAUGCCCAAAUUGAUUUUUGUCUUAAAUUCAGUUUAUGUAAUAAGAAUGGACAAACAGCUGAAGAUCUUGCUUGGGCCUGUGGAUUUCUAGAAUGUGCCAAGUUUCUUACAACAAUUAAAUGUAUGCAGACAAUAAAAUCAAGUGACCGAUCCGAUAGAGAUCAUUGUGUUCCAGUGCCCAGACAGAAACGAAGUUUUGGAAGUGUAGAAAAUACAACUGGAAAAAGGAAGUGUUGAUUCACGCUGGUCCUGAAAAGGUUUGAAGAAAGCCUUCACUCCGUGCAGAUCCACUGCCCAGCCAGAAGCUAUGGCUUUUGGCUCACCAGGUGUAUCUCAGCUCCUUCUAGGAAGGAGGAAAACUUUCUUCUAAGUGAAGAUAACAUUUAAGAAUACAUGUUUUUACAUGCCUGUAAUAUUUUGGUUGUGCCUGCUUUUUGUCUUUUAAGUUAUUAAAGAAUACUAAAGAAUAAA